AAUUGUAAAAGAUAGUUCAAAUGACAUUGACAUUGUCAAUACAAAUUAUGUUUUAGCUGUAGUGCACAAUGUACCCAUCUAAGAAUAUUGAAGUAAAAUAAGAAUUCAAAUUUUAUUGACAUGCUGUAUAGUUUCAGAAUCAAAUAAAUUGAAACCCUCGGCAAUCAUGAGGAUACCGAAAAAAUUUCAGAAAUUAUUAUUGUUUAACGCUUGUGUUCUUUUAAUAGUAUGGUUUGUGACGAUUUUGGAGAAUCCACCAAGGAUCAAUGAAAUUGAGAGUACAAAUUGUAGGUUUGGAGAUGAUUAUGUGAGUCCAGGUGAAAACGAGAAAUCAAUUAAUGACCGCAGCCAGCCCGGUAUGGUUUACAUCUUACAAUGGACGAAGCCAGAUAAAGAACCAUACACGUUUUUAAAGGAGGGUCAAGAAACAUUCAAUGAAAGAAGAUGUCCUGUAAAAAAUUGCUACGUCACAUGGAACAGAACUUAUCUAUGCGAUGUAACACAAUACGAUGCUAUUUUAUUUUAUAGCCACAUCGUGAGUAAAUCGCUCACACCGACACCAUCCAAGAGAACUGCAGAACAAUAUUACGUGUUUGUUAGCCCAGAAGCUGCAGGCCACAACCAAGUGUAUCAUAAGAAAUACAAAACCUUUUUCAACUUGACCUGGACUUACAAAUUAAAUUCAGACGUGUUUUAUGGAUACAUCCAAGUAGAAAAUAAAAAUGGCGAUAUUAUCGGGCCUAAGGAAGUGAUGCACUGGCCAAAACUCGAGGAAAUGGAUCCUAUCAGUGACAAAGUGAGAGAAAAACUUAAUUCCAAAAAAAAUGCAGUUGCUUGGUUUGUUUCUAACUGUCAUGCGAGGUGUGGGAGAUUUGGAGUAGCCAUUAAAAUUCAGAAAGAGCUUGCUAAAUACAACAUGUCGGUUGAUAUCUAUGGUCGUUGCGGGACAAAAACAAUUUCAGAGAACAUCACUGCUUGGGAACUUGUUGAAAGAGAUUAUUAUUUCUAUUUUGCAUUUGAGAAUUCGAUAAACGAAGACUAUGUUACGGAAAAGUUACUGAAUGCCCUGCAGCAUUACGCUGUGCCUAUAGUUUACGGGGGAGCCAACUAUACCAGGUUCAUGCCAAAUGGAAUAUAUUUAGAUGCCCGGAUCCUUUCACCAACAGAAUUGGUCAAACAGAUGGUGGAUCUAAUAAAUGAUAAAGAGAAAUACUUUGAUUUGUUUAGAUGGCACAAUUAUUAUAAUUAUUAUUAUGCAGGCGGCGCUCCAGAGACCGAUUACUAUUGCAACUUCUGUAAAACGAUCAAUGACUUGAAGAAGAUGAAUUAUAAACAUGUUUAUAGAAAUUUCUAUCAAUGGUGGAAUGAAUGGACAGCUGAAUUUGCGGAGGAUAAUUAAAUUUUUUUCUUGACGUGUUACAUUUUCCGUACAUAAAAUGCCCUAUGUGAAAGUGAGACAGAUGUAUGCGCUUUAGUGUAGUCUCUUUCGCACCUCAGCUGUUAGGUUAUUAAAUGACAAUGUGAAACAAAUUACUGUUCUUGUAGAGAUUCUUUUCUUUUAAAAAUAAAUUAAUUGGCAAAUUUGAUUUGACUUGGAUAAUUUCAAUCGUAGUAAUCGGUGGGGUCAUUAUUUAUUUCAAUCAUUAUAAACCAGUGUUUAUUUUUAGUUUGGAUGAAUAAAAGCAAAGUAUAUCUUGAGGAAA